CUCCAUUCAAAUUCAAACCCUCUUUAUCACCCACUCCCUGUGCCAUACUCUCAUUUUCUCAUCUCACAGACAACUAAAAUUCAAAGCUGCUUCUAAAAUGCACAAGGUCCAAUCCCCGGUCACCGGGGACCAGAAACUCCGUCCAAAUUGUGGCCGUAAACCUCUGCAACCGAGGAACUCGCUGGCCAAUCCACUAACCGAGAUUCAAAUUCUAAAGCCGAAGAAAGAGUGGAUUGAGAUUUCGUUGGCUAGUGAAUCGAACAAGGAGAACCAUCCGAUCUGUACGGCGACGCCAACAAAGCUCGUGAUUGAGCCGUUGGAUGCGUCGCUAGCGGAGGAACUGAGCGCGAUCAGGAAGAAGAUAGAGAGAUUGAGACUUGACAGACAGAAAACAGAGAAAAUGUUGAAUGAGAGGGAGAAGGUACUGGAUAUGCAAAUGAAGGAGCUGGAGCAGAGAGGAGAGAUUCAGAAAAAGCUCGAGAUCGAGGUGGAUAGACUCUACAGAUUGAAGGAACUCCAAUCUUGCUCUAUGAGAAUUUCUCCAAUGCGUUCGCUGAGAGAGAAGGAACAUGAGAAGAAGAUUCCUCAAGAGCAUUGCCAGGGAAAGAAACCAGAGGAAAUGGAGGAAUCGGCGAGUGGAAGCAGACUGAUGAGUCCGUGUUUGAGUUCGAGCUCAAGUUCAAAUUCGAUUUCUUCGCAGCUUGUGGCAUUGUAAUGAUGUUUCUCUCUUUCUUCAGUUCGACAUUUGCAGGUUCUCCCUUAUGAUUUGAUUUUGUCUCCCUUUUUUUAAAAAAAAAAUUUUUUGCUUCAUGUCACUUCUACAGUAUUUCAUUGUAGAAUUUGGUAAAGAAGCAAAUAUUACACCAGUUAUUCUCAAUGUUGACAUGAUUAGGACUUUAAGAUUCCCAAAUUCCAAUGCU